AUGGCGCGGAGCCGCCCGGCCUACGAGUACACGGAGGCGGAGGACAAGAGCAUGCGGCUGGGCUUCCUGCUCAUCGCCGCCGGGCUCCUGUCGCUGCUGGUGCUCGGCUUCUGCUGGCUGCGCCCGGCGCUGCAGGAGCGGCGCGGCGGCGGCGCCGCCAACUGCACGGUGCUGGCGGUGCGGCAGCUGGGCGAGCGCUUCGCCUGCACCUUCUCGUGCGGCGCCGCCUGCCGCGGCACGGCGCGCUACCCCUGCCUGCAGGUGCUGGUGCGCACCUCGCGCUCCGCCGCGCCCGCGCUGCUCCACGAGGACGAGCGGCAGCUCCGCGCCAACCCCAAGUGUUCAUACAUUCCUCCCUGUGCACGAGAUGAUCAGGAGAACUCUGAGAAUGUCACCUACAAGCAGAAAUACUGGAAAGAGAAAGUGGGCUCGCAACCAUUUACAUGCUAUUUUAACCAGCACUUAAGGCCGGAUGACGUCAUGCUGAAGCGUACCCACGAUGAGACUGUGCUCUUGCACUGCUUCCUCUGGCCCCUGGUUACGUUCCUGGUCGGAGUCCUCAUUGUGGUCCUGACCAUCUGCGCAAAGAGCUUGGCUGUGAAAGCGGAGGCAAUAAAAAAGAGGAAGCACGCGUAAACAGAAGAGCUGCUGAAGGAAAAGAAAAAGUGGCAAGGAAUUCGCAAGCGGGGAAACUCGACACACCUGCACUUCUCUGGGGUGCCCAGAUGUGCGUGUUUCCAGUGUCUCAUCUGAUCGUGGAGUUGCUGUUGCCUGAGGAUUAUUCGUGGGAGACUGCCCUACAAAAUGUCAGCUAAUUGCUUCUUCUGCUAUGACAAUAAAUAAGUAUAUGCCACCAAAAGAAUCCACACUGUACCAAAUACACUGUACUCUAUUAGUCUUGAACAACAGCUACCCAGGGCCCAGCUGCAUUGAGAGAAAGUUUCUGAAAAUCCCUCGUGUAAUUAAUUUCAUCUCUGAAAAGUGAUCUUUACUAUUGUUUAAUAUUAAAUAUUUAAAAUAUUAACUUUAUGAUAGACUGUAUUUCCAAAUAAUGAAAGUUGGUUGUUUUGGUUUUUUUACCUUUGUUUUGUUUAAAAAAAGCUUUAAGACAAAAAUAACACUGUGCUGAUUUUGGUUUUUUUUCACUGUGCAGAACUUCACCUUAAAAUUCAAACUUCAACUUCUGUCUAGACAAAAUCCUUCAUCAUCAACUGCUCACUGUGAAGAAAUGUAACAAUCUCUUAGAAAUACUCUCUCAAAACCCAGAAUUUACCAUUUAUUGGAAGGGGUGAUUAAAUACUGGAUCUAAUUUUAUUGCCUCGGUGGUAUUCAGUCCCUGCAGUUUCUCCUGUCCCCUCUCGGUUAGCCGCUUUGCCAAACGCUCUCUAGCUUUAAGCAGCAGAGAUUUGAUUUGAAGUGUUUUCACCUAAAUAAGUUUUACCAGAGAUUUUCUCCAAGUCGUGGAGUGAUGUUUCUAAGUGCUUGCUUAGAGAUGUCUGUGAACCUUGGUGUCACUUCGUGUCACUGUUUUUAAAGUGAAGGUUAAAAAAAAAAGAUGAGACAUCCACCUUUUGUGCGGCCAUGGGUGGUUGUAGCCGAACUACUCGUCGCACUCACGCUGGCCCUGUGCCCAGUCUCUCCAGGGGGAUGCUCUAGAAAGUGCCAAGCAGGCUGGCAUGGCAUCUUGUUGUCCUCUUCGCAACUACUAGCUGCGUGCGAUGGAAAUAUUGGUCAUCAAGUGAUGGAUUUGAAAGCCUGUAACCUUUGUUGUCAUAAGAUGUAGCUGCAAACCUGUUUGUAUUGCCCUGUGUACAUCUCAGAAGAAUCGUAUUAUACACCUAAGAGUUAGUUUCUGUAAGGCUUUUUUAUUUUGUAAACUUGUCUACACUGGAGACUGUGGUGCCCAGCGACUAAAAGGCUUCGCUCUUCUGCUUACUUUCUAUGUGACUUCUGGAGAGUCUGGUCCUGAUCCACACAGAUAUCUAUUAUUUUGAAGGAAGUUAAGGAAACCUCCUUGUAGAGCCAGGAACUUGAUGCUUCUGGUUUAGUCACUCUGUAUGAAAGAUCAGAUUAAUAUUUGUUGUACCUGGUAAAGGACUUUCACUUCUGUGGAUGAAAAAUGCUGCUUGUAUGAAAAAAAAUCUAAAGCUUCUGUUUAAAGGAUCAUU